AUGUCCAUGGAGCUGCUCAAUGAGGUGGAGAGGUUGGACGAAUUAGUGCGGAACACAACGGCCACCUAUAAAGGCCAAAUUGUCCACUUCAGUGAUCUUCACAAGGUCGAUAUCAACUAUAUAUUCCACUCUGGUACAAGCACGCUUACUUCUGGUCGCACAUUAUUUCCGACGUCAAUUUGUCGUUCCCAAUCGGGCGAGCGAUGGGGCACAAAUUCUUCAUAG